AUGUUCAGUGGCUCCUCGAGCCCACCCAAAGAGAAGCCAGAAAUUCCACAAUCCGGUCCUAUUGAUACACCAUCCUUGGCCAUAAACACCGACGACGCCAACGUGUCUCAGAAGAAAUUCUCAAUCUCUCCUCCGGGCGGAUUCUUUACCAGAAAAACAAGUGACGACCAAAGUCCCGGUGGAGACAAGAGGCGCAGAAGUAGCACAGUCACAAAAGCGGCGACCUUCUUCAGCAACGCCAAAAAUUCUCUCAGUGGCAACAGUCCGCGCGAAGCACCGAGUAACAACGGAUUCCAGGGCCCGCAGACUGCGCUGCAGAAGCUCGGAAGAAUGGAUCCAGCAUUGAGUGUUCCACAGGGAUCGUUGAACAAUUCGGCUGGCGAAUCGCUCCCCACUUUGCGCUCAUCGUUCAGAGUUGGUGUCACAGAAGAUCGGAAUCGAAAAUGUCGUCGGACUAUGGAAGAUACACAUGCCUACCUGUACAAUUUCCUGGGGACGCCCUCUCCGUCUGCCGAGGCUCUUGUCAAUGGCAAGGAGUCUUCCGGCUCCGGUGAUGUCUCCCCCACUGCAGAGGUCACCAGUGUUGUCGAAACCGAUAAUGGCUAUUUUGCAAUCUUCGAUGGGCAUGCGGGUACCUUCGCGGCCGAAUGGUGCGGGAAAAAAUUGCAUCUCAUUCUCGAGGAAAUAAUGCGAAGAAACCCCAACGCACCUGUUCCGGAGCUUCUGGAUCAAACGUUCACCAGCGUUGACCAACAGCUGGAAAAGUUACCGUUAAAGAACAGCGGCUGCACUGCCGUGGUUGCUCUUCUAAGAUGGGAAGAUAGAGUUCCCAGCUCACAAUCAGCAACAGGAUCCGCCGCCCUUGCCCCCGCGGCUGCAGCGGCACAAAAGGGUGAUACCGCGUCCGACGCCGGGGAGACCCCAACUCAGACAACUCCGUCUUCUAUUCCAAAGCUACAAGAAAAGGCCGCCCGCCAACGUGUUCUCUAUACGGCCAAUGUCGGCGAUGCCCGCAUUAUAUUAUGUCGCAAUGGCAAAGCGCUGCGCUUAUCUUACGAUCACAAAGGGAGCGAUGAGAAUGAGGGCAAGCGGAUAGCCAACGCUGGAGGAUUGAUCCUCAACAACAGAGUCAACGGUGUCCUUGCCGUAACCAGAGCUCUGGGUGAUGCAUACCUCAAGGACCUCGUCACCGGCCAUCCAUACACCACUGAGACAGUCAUCCAGCCAGACUCUGACGAAUUCAUUAUCUUGGCUUGCGAUGGGCUUUGGGAUGUCUGCAGUGAUCAGGAAGCCGUGGACCUUGUCAGGAACAUUGGAGAUGCCCAAGAGGCCUCGAAGAUUCUCGUGGACCAUGCUCUCGCACGAUUUAGCACAGAUAACCUGUCUUGCAUGGUUAUUCGCUUUGACUCAAAUCGCGUCAAAGAAGUCGUCAAUCGCACUGCUGAGCCGAUCGGUGUGGAUGGUGAUCCUACAAAUGUCGACCAUGGUGUGAGCGAGGCAGACAAGAUUGUCGAAGGAGCUAGGAAGAGCAUGGCUAACGCCGGAAUCACGGAUGACGCCGAAACCGCCGAAAAGGCCCAAGGUGAAAUUCUCGAGAAAAUGUCCAAUGACGGGCCUGGUCCAGAGCUGUCUGUCAACGAACAUAGCGAGGCGCUGCCGCCCACUAAUACCAAUAAUCCCUGA